GCACAAGAGCAGCCUGACGCGCACAGUAACCCGUUUACCUGCGGUUGUUGUCCCGUGUCUCACCGGGCUGAGCUCUCCACACUGCGUUUCUACUCUGAUAGGAGGACCCCAUCACUGCCUGCCCCCUACACUACCCCUCCCAUCCUCCUCUCCUCUCUCUCUCUCUCUGCACAGUCGUGUUUACUAUAGGUGAGUUAGCCUGUAUAUAAAUUCCUGAGUGUGCGCAGAUCGCACCCUGAAGAGGAGAGUGGAAAAGAAGAAGAAGGAGGAGGUGUAGGGAGCUUUGAAAACAAGCGAGAACCGAGAGAGAAGAGCUGUAGCUGUGUUUACUGCGCGCAGGUGGAGAAAACGCAGAUUUCCAGGGCGGAGGAAGAGCACUGGAUGCAGAGAGGAGGAAGACGAAUAACGUGGAUGCUACAAGGAGAUUUACUUAGGUGUCUUUUAUUACAUUACAAUCUCAACUACAACGCGGAAUACGCUUUUGCAGCAGCGAUGAACGUCAGCUGUCGGAAUUAAGGCCUCCAGUUCUCUCACUCCUCUGGUGACAGCAAGCCCACCAUGGCGCUUAUUCAUGAACCUCGUGCCCCAUCUCCGUCCCUCUCCGGCUUCAACUCACCCCUGUCUGAUCCCCCGUCCUUUCGCGGCCUCGAUGCCGUGACACCAUGCACCCCUGAAAUGGACUUGACCCCGACUCAGUGCGUCCUCCGCAACGUCCUCUCCAUAGACACCGGAGGGGCUGUGGAACCUGGAGGCGGUGGAGGAGGAAGAGGAGGGGGAGGAGAAGGAGACGGGCAGACUCCUGGACACAACCAAACGCCAGGCGAGGAACAACAGGAGCACUUUGCCAAUAGUGUGCUGAAGCUCCAUGAGCAUGAUGGGAGUCCUGGACGGACGGAGGGAGAGGGGCAGGAGCAGGACGGCAGUGCGGUCAGGAGCCAGGCGGGUGAUGCUAGGUUACAGUGCCAGUCCACAGGAGGGGGAGGAGGGUUUCUGGAGGGCCUGUUUGGGUGUCUGCGACCCGUCUGGACCAUGAUUGGGAAAGCUUAUUCAACGGAGCACAAACACGACCUGGACGAGGCGUGGGAGGUCCCCUUCGAGGAGAUAUCUGACCUGCAGUGGGUGGGCAGUGGAGCUCAGGGUGCUGUCUUUCUGGGCAAACUGCAUGGACAGGAGGUGGCAGUAAAGAAAGUGCGAAACAUCAAAGAGACGGACAUCAAACACCUACGCAAGCUCAAGCAUCCCAACAUCAUCACCUUCAAGGGUAUUUGCACCCAGGCUCCAUGCUAUUGCAUCCUCAUGGAGUACUGCGCUCAGGGACAGCUAUAUGAGGUGCUGAGAGCGGGCAGGAAGAUCCAUCCGUCCCUGCUCAUGGACUGGGCCAUGGGCAUCGCUGGGGGGAUGAACUACCUUCACCUCCACAAGAUCAUCCACAGAGACCUCAAGUCACCAAACAUGUUGAUCACAUAUGAUGACUCAGUGAAGAUUUCUGAUUUCGGCACAUCCAAAGAGCUCAGUGACAAGAGCACAAAGAUGUCAUUUGCCGGUACGGUGGCCUGGAUGGCCCCAGAAGUCAUACGCAAUGAGCCCGUCUCAGAGAAGGUGGACAUUUGGUCAUUCGGUGUCGUGCUGUGGGAGAUGCUGACAGGAGAGGUGCCAUACAAGGACGUGGACUCUUCAGCUAUCAUCUGGGGAGUGGGAAACAACAGUCUGCAGCUGCCAGUACCUGACGGCUGUCCAGACAGCUUCAAACUGCUACUCAGGCAAUGCUGGAACUGCAAGCCAAGAAACAGGCCUUCGUUUCGACAGAUUCUCCUGCACUUGGACAUCGCCUCUGCAGACAUCCUGUCCACACCACAAGAAACUUACUUUCAGUCUCAGGUGGAGUGGAGAGACGAGGUGAGGCAACACUUUGAGAAGAUCAAGUCAGAGGGGACGUGUCUUCACAGGUUGGAUGAGGAGCUGAUCAAAAGACGCAGAGAGGAACUCAGACAUGCUUUGGACAUCCGGGAGCACUACGAGAGGAAACUGGAAAGAGCCAACAAUCUCUACAUGGAGCUCAACGCCAUCAUGCUGCAGCUGGAGAUCAAAGAGAAAGAACUACUCAAGAGGGAGCACUCGCUGGACAAGAAGUACCCGGGCUGCUUCAAGCACCACAGCUCCAGACAGUCCGCCUCCUCCAACUCCAUGGAGAAACUCAUGAAGAAGCGCAAUGUACCUCAGAAACUGCCAUCACACAGCAAGAGGCCAGACCUACUAAAGUCUGAGGUCAUCCUCCCCAAACUGGACUCUUCAAUGACCCAGGUCACAAUCCCAAACAAGGGCUCUACCUCACCCGGUCGCACACGCCGUGGAAAACCCCGUUACAGAAAGGCUGGGAAAGGCAGCAGCGGGGAUCUUGCUCAGCUGAAGGCUACUCUCUCCUCCUCGUUGGCAAUGGUCAAUGCCACCACCUCUGUUCCCAGCAGCAAGCAGCACCUUGACCCCAGUGCAGCUCUCAGGGGCCUGCAGCACGACCUGCUGCUCAAGAAGAUGUAUUCCUCGAGCCCGGAUCUCAUUUCAACCACUUUAGAGGCUGAAGGGCGUAGGAAGGGGCAGCUCAGGCCAGGACUUGACAGAGCGGGGAGUCAGAGCGCCUCAGCUGGUCUGGGGGAGAGUAGAAGGACUGAAGGGCCAGAUGAAGGUCCAGAUGUGGGUGCAGUGACUGAUGACCUGGCAGAUACGCCUCCACGCAGUGACACGCCCAGCGAAGAUGCAGCUUCUAUCCCAUUCUCCAGCAGCCCAGACUCACCAUGUGGCAGAGGGGCGGCCGCGGGGAGGGCGUCUGUGCUGGGGAACUCUCGUGUCUCCCACGAUGGAGAGGAGAAGGAAGAGGGGACGGUGAUCACUCGCUCACCAAGGAGUCAACGUCUCACUCCUGCAGCUCUGCUCUACAGGGCAGCCGUCACACGCAGUCAGAGACGUGGACUGUCAUCAGAGGAAGAAGAAGGAGAGGUGGACAGUGAAGUGGAGUUGCCAAGGAGACGGCGUCCCGUGAGCAUAACCAAGUGCCAGUCCCUGUCCACCUUCAGCUCGGAGAACUUGUCUGUCUCGGACGGCGAGGAGGGAAACACUACAGACCAUUCCCACAGUGGCACCCCAGACGUGGUCAGCACCAACACCGACGAGCGUCUGGAUGACAAGAGCGAUGACCUGCUGUCUCAGGGCUCGGAAAUUCCCGCCGACCCGUCUGACCCAACCCAGCUGGGAUCUGACGGGCUGUCUGAGAAGGAGGCCAUCCUGAGACAAGUCAAGACCCAGCUUGCUAGUAACGACCAUAAUUAUGAGGGCCUGUAUGAUGACUCUGAUUGUGACAGUGCAGAGUUGGAUCAUUCCGGCAGUGCAGAACCUAGCCAACCCCCCACCAACUGGUAAAAAUCUGACCCUUCAGUCCCCUCAGCUGAUGCAGAUGAGGCCUGUGAAUGUCUCUUUUGCUCUUACAGACCUUAUAAUCCAUGAGCCAUGAUCAGGGACGUUGCACAGAGGCAGUAAAUGAGGGUCUGCUUCCCUUUUAACUAGCUGGAACUCAAAACAAAACCUUGGUGAGUGUUCUCAAAACCCAGAUACCCUUGAGGAAAAAAAAAAAGAAAAAAAAAGAAAAUCCCUUUCCUUUUGGGAUAAAUGAAUCACACUCAUGUGGAAAAAGCUGAGUCUUGAUAGAAACUGGCCUGAGAGCAGCUCUGCAGUUAGAAGGGCCUUCUGCCUGACUGGCUCUUGUCAUCUUCUGUCUCAAGUUGUGUUUUUAUCUCCAUCACUGAAUUGUGUCAUAAUAAUUCUUAUCAUUUCAUAUGAAGGACAGUAAUAUUAAAUCCUAUCAGGGCAUUUCUUAUGGUGUUUUUGUUGACAUUUAUUGCACUUAAUUUAUGAAAAGUACUGAUUUCCUCCUCAUCGUUGUGUCAUACUUGAUUCACUUAAUUUUCCGAUUAUGCACUGAUUAAUUUAAAGGUUGUUUUUUUUUUACAGUGAAUUCAAUAUUCUUCAGAAAUGUUUACAUUUUAAAUGUUUUAUUUAUAUUUCUAACACGGAUUCUGUUUCCACUUUCUACUCCUGUGUUGAAAUGUCAAUGUAAAUAUGUGAUGUUGUAAAAUGAACAAAUUUUUUAAAUGUGAGAUUGUAUAAUUUAAAGGUGCUGAUGUUUCUAAUUAGGUGGCGCUACUCUAUUUGAACCUCAAAAAGCUUAUUGAUGGUAGAAUGUACUGUAGCUGCUGUUCAUGUCCGAGCAUCGAAACACAGAUGAAAGAGGAACAACACUCGAACAAAGAAAAAAGCAAUAUGUCUGCUCUGGUAGAGUGUGUGAUGUCAAGACACAAAGCAGGAGAUAAACAGUGUGGUUGAUUCAGGGCAGAUGGGCUUUUUUUAAAUGAAAGUAUUGCAGUGUUUAUUAAAUUGAAACGUAAUGCUAGUUUAAAAAACCCUUUCUGAGGAUGUGAGGUUUUUAAAGCAUCAGAACAGCAUGACUCUUCAUAAGUGUGGUCACUGUUUGUGACUCAGCAAAAUAACACAAUAGAUCCAUCCAUAGGGAAAAAAAAUCUACGUCAUCGAAAUGGUCCAGAGUAAUGGCUGAAGGCAUGUGGAGGAUGACACAGCAAAACAGAUUUCAGAACAACUGAAUUUGUUAAGACAACUUUGCUAGACUUGUGGCCACAUGUUAGCAGGCUGGAGCCACAUACAGAACAGAAAAGAUGAUUGAAUUUUAGGAUAUUUAAGAAAACGUAAGUGGCACACAUUCCUUUUAUUCUUGUAAUGGUAAGUACAUAGAUUUCAAAUCACUAUAGGUUUUAUUUCUGGAGGAAGUGCAACUAAAGAUGACAAUUAACCUUUAAAAUGUUCAACCAACCCAUAGAAUGUAUGUAUCAGCUGUCGUGUCCUCACUGGAUGAAACCAGCCAGUCAUAUCUUCACUCAUGUGUAAGGGCUCCUUCACAAAAGGUGGCGUCAAAGAUGUUUUUGAUGAAUUUGUGUCCAUUGACAAGACUCUUAAUGUGCAUGUGAUUCAAUCUGACUGUACUGCAGCUGUUAAUUCCUGUUACGUUAAUCUCUGACCAGUCAGGUCCCACUCAAUAAGCUAGAAAUGGCAGCUUCUAUUUUUGUUAUCAGGUGUUAAAUUGUCAAUUUGUAGGAAGUUUUAAAACUGAUUGUGUCCCCAAGGUUUCAAGCUAGAAAUCCUCCUGCAGGAUAAGAUGUUGCCAAAAAGCAAAACUACUGCCCUCUAGUGUCUCGAUUGAGGAGGUACUUCUGUUUCCCAUGCUGAUCAUACAACACUAUAUAGACUGACACGUUUGCUUUUGAUACUGCAUCAUUGUAACUGUACAAUAAAUAUAUUUAAGAAACAGUUUAAAUAAAACAAACCUGCAAAGUCU